AUGAAUCUGAAUGAACCCGGAUCGGCGGAAUUUAUCAGGUAUCUUGUCGUAUUUGCUUUGUACGGAAUCGUUGCGGCGCGUACCGGCUUCGAUUCAAUCAACCCGAUUUCUGUUGCCACUUUCCAAUGCUUGAAGAAUAAGGGUCACGACUUUUUUAUCGCGAGGAUCAACGACUACGACCUCGUCGGCAUCCAGAAUAUCAAGAAUGCGCGGGCAGCCGGAUUCACCGACUUCGACGCCUACAUCUACCCGUGUUUAACCCCGGGCAAACCAGCCGGGGCAAACCAAGUUGAAGCCGUCAUCGACAAACUGAACGAGGAGGGAGCUACGAUUGGCACCCUGUGGCUCGACAUCGAGGACGUGGACAACAACCGAGAAUGGCCAUCCAACAAGAAUCAGAACCAAAACUUCAUCCGGGGCAUGGCUGACGCGGCGGAGGGCAAGGAAGUGAGAGUCGGUAUCUACACCCAGCAAAGCAUCUGGCCGGACAUUGUCGGAUCGGGGACCGCGAUGUCGAAGUACCCGCUCUGGUGGUCCAGAUACAACAACGAUGCUGGAUUUGGGAAGUUCGUCCCCUUUGGCGGCUGGAGCACGGCGGAGAUUCACCAAUACGAUGGAGACGUGAAAAAUCCCCCAUGUGGCCUGAAGGAUAUGGACCUUAAUUAUAAGGAC